AUGGCUCAACCAGACUAUACUGGGGAAGUAAAUGGAGCAGAGCAAACACAAUACACUGCUUCAGCUAAAUCAUGGAUUGACCAAGUAAAAAGUAGCUUCGACCCUUCUUAUAAAAGGUGGCAAGUAUCAGAAACUGUUUGUAUUUAUAGGAUGAUUGAAGCCAUAAGGAUUUCUAAACCGGAAGCUUAUGAUCCUUUGGUCAUAUCGUUGGGGCCUUACCAUCACAAAAAUAAUAAAUUUCCCAUGAUGGAUCAAUAUAAAAUGGAAGCAAUCCAUAGACUAAGCUAUGCCGAAGAAAAAAAUGAUAAUGAUAAAGUUUGCUUAAAUCCUGUUUUUCAAAGUAAAGGACGAGACAACUCAUUGUGUUCUGCUAUAUUAACUGAUUUUAUAAAAUUAGAAAACCAGAUUCCUCUAUUUAUUCUUACAACUCUACUUGAAUUAGAAUUGAAAAGCCCCGAUCUUGCAACAACAAAGCUAGCUACAAUGUUGAGUGCCAUCAGAAUCUUUAACGGGUCUCCUUUCUCUUACGGAUUAUCAGAGGAUUCUAAAGAAGUUCUGAAGAAGCAUUUAAACAAGGCUCCAUGCCAUCUUUUGGAUCUGUAUGGAAUGGUGAUUAGAGAUUUCUUAGCAUAUCCAAGUGCAGAAUCAGGUACUGCUGUUGAAUGUGACGACUCUGUUAGCUACAAUAUCAACAAUGGCAGGGGACAGUGUGUGCCGCACAUAACUGAUGAGAGAAGGUCUAAUCCUCGGGCCGAAUUAUUACACAAAGCAGGCAUCGAAUUUCAGCCGGGCCAAUUGAAAUUUGAAAAGAGAUUGUUUGGAAGAGGUACGUUUUACCUCCCUCAAAUCAAAAUCUCGGUGACCACAGAAACAAGGUUGCGGAACUUGAUGGCUUAUGAACAGUGUAGUUACACAUUAUUACGUUUCUUAGAUAAUUUAAUCGAUUCCGAGAGAGACGUUUCUUUACUUCGAAAAUCUUUUGUAAUUAGAAGUUGGGCGGGCAGCAAUGAAGAUAUAGCUCGCAUGUUCAACCGUCUUUGGGAUGGAAUCACAUUUAGUUCGAGUGGAGAAAUUGACAUGAUAAUGAAAAAGGCUAGAGGACAUUAUAACGAUCAAUGGAAGGUGUUGACAAACGAGUUCAAGCAAGAAAAUUGUUCAAAGCCGUGGUAUGUUGUCCCUAUUGUGGCGGCGGUACUUAUUUUGGGUAUGACGGCUGUGCAAACAAUCUACUCAGUGGGGAAGUAG